UCUCCCGAUUGGCGUGGCAACCUAACCUGCCCUGGUCUCCGCUGUGAAGGAGAAGCCGGGAGAGCAGGCUAAACCAGGAAGGCGCUGGCUUGUGGCGCGCACGCGCGCGCACGCACGCACGCCGGCGGCCGGAGGGGCGGCACGCUCGCGCCCGGGCUCGCCGCGCGCCGCGCCAGAGGCUCGCGCACUCAGCAGGUUGGGCUGCGGCGGCGGCAGCUGUGGGAGCUGAGGCGCAGCGCGUGAGAGGUCCCAGACGCGUCUGCGGCUCCGGUUCCGCCACCUUCCUCUUCUCUCACCCCAGUCUCGGUGCCGGGUGCUGAGAAGGGAACGGCGCUAGCCUUGGUAACUUAGAGCCCACCCUUGGCUGCUUCCGACACCGCCAUCCUUCCUUUCCCAGCCGCGGGCCUCUCGGUGCUAAGGCGACUCUGCGGGGAGGCGGCGGCGACGGCUGCCUGUCUGUGGGGAGGAGUCCUGCCCUCCAGUCUUGCUCCGCCGCCGGGCCCUGCAGGGUCCAAGAGAGCUCGGCGCCGGUCCUUCCUCUCACCUUUUUCGUCAGCCGAUUGGUGCAGCGUCGGUCCGAGAGGUCUCUGGGCUGAGGCGGCGGCAGCUCCUUCGGCUUCAUCAUGUCCGCGGGCGGAGACUUCGGGAAUCCGCUGAGGAAAUUCAAGCUGGUGUUCCUGGGGGAGCAGAGCGUUGGAAAGACAUCCUUGAUCACCAGAUUCAUGUAUGACAGUUUUGACAACACCUACCAGGCAACAAUUGGUAUUGACUUUUUAUCAAAAACAAUGUACUUGGAGGAUCGAACAAUCAGGCUGCAGCUGUGGGAUACUGCGGGUCAGGAACGUUUCCGUAGCCUCAUUCCCAGUUACAUCCGUGAUUCUGCUGCAGCCGUAGUAGUUUACGAUAUCACAAAUGUUAACUCAUUCCAGCAAACUACAAAAUGGAUUGAUGAUGUCAGAACAGAAAGAGGAAGUGAUGUUAUCAUCAUGCUAGUAGGAAAUAAAACAGAUCUUGCUGACAAGAGGCAAGUAUCAAUUGAGGAAGGAGAGAGGAAAGCCAAAGAGCUGAAUGUUAUGUUUAUUGAAACAAGUGCAAAAGCAGGAUACAAUGUAAAACAGCUCUUCCGACGUGUUGCAGCAGCUUUGCCUGGAAUGGAAAGCACACAGGACAGAAGCAGAGAAGACAUGAUUGACAUAAAACUGGAAAAGCCUCAGGAGCAACCAGUCAGUGAAGGAGGCUGUUCCUGCUAAUCUUCCAUGGCAUCUUCAACUUUUCUUCAGAAGCUCACUGCUUUGGCCCCCUUACUCUUUCAUUGACUGCAGUGUGAAUAUUGGCUUGAACCUUUUCCCUUCAGUAAUAACGUAUUGCAAUUCAUCAUUGCUGCCUGUCUCGUGGAGAUGAUCUAUUAGCUUCACAAGCACAAAAAAGUCAGUGUCUUCAUUAUUUAUAUUUUACAAAAAGCCAAAUGAUUCCAAUAUAUUCCAGUGAUAACUUUAAAAAUUAGAUACGUUUUCUCAAUUUUUUUUUCCUUUUCAAUGUUAGGAUAACGUACUUCAAAAUGAUGGAAAUUCCAACAGUCUGUGGCUAGGUUAAGGAGCAAUUGUUCACAGCAGCACUUGCCUACCUACUUGAUCUCUCUCUGCUUUUCUCACCUCUCCCUUAUUGCAUUCCCUAUUCUUACCAUCUCUCCCUCAAAACAAAUGAGGUAUGACAAAGCAGGAGUCAGACCAAGCCCAAUGGAGUUAUCCUUCAAAUUUAGUGAUACCACUUGAUCUAGGCCUUGGGCCAAGAUGUCCAAAAUUAUUCUUGAGCGCUGAUAUAAAUUAUUUAGACUUUAUUUGAGGUCAAAACUCAACUAUCAUGGUAGGCAGUGCUUGAAUAAGAAAAGGGUUCUGAUGCAUCUUCAAAAUGAGUCCUAAUGAACACAGUGAGUACUUACAAAUUAAAUGAGCAUAAAAUGUAUUUCAGACCAAAACAAAUGACCCUUUCACAUGUUAGUCCCUGGGAGAGAAGAGUUAACAGUGCUUCAGAACAUGUUUUUAAUACUGAAUUCUCCCAGUGAACUAUUUCUCCCAGGAUUUUAAAAUUCUCAACAUAGAGUUAUUCUGUUUGUUUAAAAAAAGAAGAAAACUUUUGUAAGCAAUAGAUUUCUCUUGGGUUUUUCUUUCUUGUUUCAAAAAAUGCUAUGCAGGCAAGGCACUACAGAAAUCAAAUUCUUUUAAGAAGAACCAGCGGAAGAAUUUAAACUUGGUACCGUGAUCAAAACUACAAUAAACAAGAUAUCUAAAGCUAUCAUUGUAGAAACAAUGAUAUCUAAAGCUUAACAACAAAAGAAUCCUCAACAGAAUAGCAAAUACUUUGCUCAGGACAUUUGAGGUCAAAUUGAAAAUGGAAACAGGUUUCUUAUAAGCCCCUAGCGGCAGAUCUGGAAAAGCAUACAUAGAAGAGGGAAAGGAGAGAAUGGAAGUAAAACUUAAUAUUAUGCAGAUUUAUGCCUUAUUUUUUAGCAUUUUUUUUUUAAUGUUGGGUCUUUCAGGCUGGUUUUGCUUUUUAUUAGAUCUGUAUAGUUUGGUUAAUUAACUAGUGAUUUAGUUUUAUAUUUAAGCUACAAUUAAUCUUUUUUCUUUGUUGAUAUUUAUUUCUUUGCCUUUUUUUUUAAACUACUUUCAGUUUUUAGAUGUUUUGUCUGAUCUAUUUAGAGCUUCAUCACCAUGGCAAUAUAUAUUUCCCUUAAAACACUGUAAACAAAUAUACUAGGAGUGCACCAUUUUAAUCUUUACUAGUUAUUGUGAGAUUGCUGUGUAAGUUAAUAAACACAUUUGUAAAUACAUUAUUUGCAGGACGAAAAUUUCUGAGUUACAGCUCAGGAAAAGCCUGCUGAAUUUACGUUGUAAGCAUUACUUAACACAGUAUAAAGAUGAAAAGACAACAAAAAAUAUCUUCAUACUUCCUCAUCCCCUCAUUGCAACAAAACCCUUAACUGGGAACCUUAUUCCCCUCUCUUUCCUCUUCCUUCUCCAGUUCCCACUUAUUGUCACCUUGUAAUAUUCCGAGAGCACUUGGAUUAUGGGUCUGAAUAGAGAAAUGCUUUCAGAUAAUCAUUAGCCCACAUACCAGUAACUUAUACUCAAAGAUGGGAUGGAGUUGUAAAGUGCUUUUAUAAUACAAUAUUAUUGUUAAAGGCAAGGGUUGACUCUUUUGUUUUUAUUUUGACAUGGCAUGUCCUGAAAUAAAUAUCAAUUCAAUAUGGCAGAUGGGUCAUAUUCUUUAUUUAGAAGAAGUUGUGAUUUCUGACAUGGGGGUGAUUGUCUUCCUACACUGUAGUGUAUGAUUCUUUUUAUGUAUCUUUAAAACAGUAAUCAGUUAUGCUGCUUUUUAAUAUCGGUCUUUUUAUUUGGCCUGGGGUUCUUCAACUGAAGCAGUGAAGUGUGUUCAUAGUCUAGAUUUUUUUUUUAAUAAACAAUUUUGCUGCCAAAAAUAUAUAAAUAAAACACAAACAAAAACAACUAUUGACUUGGUUUCUAUUCCUGCCAAGGUAGUAAGUUAGUAUGAAUUUCUUACUUCCUCCUUAGAAUUAUAAAGGGAACUUGAAAUCCAGAAAAAUAAAAAAACAGCACUAAGAAACCCCUAGGGAGUCAGAAGACUUUUCAGCUGUUACAAGUGGGGGUGAGUGGCUACAACUUGAAAGACAGGGCCACUGGUAGAGGCAAUAAUAUAUUAAGAAAAGUAAUUUACAUUCUGCUUUUGCCUCCUCCUUACCCCAUCUUUGCCUAGGGACAGGGACAGCAAACUCCUGCCCUCCCACCACAUGCAGCCUGCUACCUGUUUUUAAAUUAAAUUUUUUUUGGAAUUCACUGCAAAGGUGUGGUUGAGUAGUUGUGGCAGAAUGGCCCCAAAAGCCAAAAAUAUUUACUGUCUGGCCCUUUACAGAAAAAAGAGCUGGCCCUUGCCUUGGCACAAAUGAUAGCUAUUUCCCUUACUACAGAAAGGGAGGCUACAGGCCAGACUACGGGUACAGGUGUCCACAGGGGUAAUAUCAGGGCAGUGUAAACUAAGUGAGGAGUUGAUGAAAAUAGGUGGAGAAUGACCUGCCUGCCUUAGGCCUUUCACUCACUCUCUAGCCUUUCCCUUUCAAAACUUGCAUUAAUGAGCUGUAAUCUAGGUGACUGCCUCCUGCAAAGCUGCUUCUUCCUAAACUAGUUUAAAGGUAAGACUCUGAAAUAAUGUGUGGUUUAGUGGGAUGUUACUGAAUGGGAGCAGCUACAUGUAUGGUCUUGUGGUUCCUGGAACUCUGUCCCACAGUUUGUCUCCUCCCCUUCUUAAACACGACAUUCUGGUCUUUGUCCCUUGCCCAGUAUACCUUCCCAGACUUGUAACACAUACCCCCAGGAGAAUUUGGAGCCACAAGCCAGAGUAGUUGGAUACCUGAAACUGCCUCAAAAGAAAAAGUGAAUACUGGGGCGCCUGGGUGAAUCAAGACGGUGAAGCAUCUGCCUUCAGCUCAGGUCAUGAUCUCACGGUUUGUGAGUUUGAGCCCCAUGUCAGGCUCUCUGCUGUCAGUGCAGAGCCUGCUUCAGAUCCUCUGUCCCCUCUCUCUGCCCCUACCCCAUUCACACUCUCACUCUCUGUCUUAAAAAUAAAUAAAUAAAUAGAUAGAUAGAUAGAUAAAUAAAUAAAUAAAUAAGUUUAGAAAAAGUGAAUACCAUCUGGAGUAGAAAUACUCAAAAAGACUAAAAUGGUGUGAUAAAUAUUGAAGAGUGGAGAUACUAGCAAUAUGGAACAAGAAUCAUAAAAUAACCAAAUACAACUAUUAAGUGUGAAAAAUAGUUGAAGUAAGGAACACAUUAGAUAAAUGGUACAUACACUGCAUUCCACUGAUUAGUGAGAACAUUGAAUUGAGGAACUCCUUCACUAGAAAGCAAAGAAAUAGAAAAGAUUAAGAGGAUAAUAGUACACAUAGCAACUUCUAGUAGCAAUUCCAGAAAGCUAAAAAAGCAAGAACUAAAGUACUGAAAAUGAAGACAGUAUUUAUGAUAAGCAUCUGCAUAGAAUGCAGCUUCUAAAAUAGUUCCUGAUCCCUGCCUCCUGGUAUUCAUGCCUUUGUAGGAUCCUUUUCCUCUAAGUAUAGACUGGACCUGGUAAGUUGCUUCUAAGGAACAGAAUACAGCAAAAGUGAUAAGAUACCACUUUGAAGAUUAGAUUAUGAAAAAUACUUUUGCCAAUCUCUCUGACUCCUCUCAUUUGCCUCUGUGCAGCAGUCUGUUUGUUAUGAGCUCCUAUGGAGAGGCCCACUUUGUAAGGAGCUGACAGCAGCCUCCAACCAGCAGCCAGUGAGGAACCGAGGUCCUCAGUAAAACAGACUGCAAGGAAUUGAAUAAAAAACAAGCCACAGACAGAAUAUACUUGUGAAUUUCAUUCAUGCUUCAUAAAGGACCAGUAUUCAGAAUAUAUGAAGAACUCUCUUAAUAGGAAAGCAAGCCAAUAAAAAGGUGAAAGAUUUGACCAGACGCUUCACCAAAGAAGAUCUAUAAAGGGCAAAAAAAAAAAAAAAAAGACAUGAAAAA